AGAAACAGGUUUGUGUUGACAUGUUUUCAUGAUACUCGUCCUAACAGAGUUUUUAAUGUUCAGACGGGACGUCUUUAUUCAUUGACACCUGAUGUGAUGCAUCUCACUGUUAUUACAGUGUUUUGACGUGUCGUUCAGAGAUGAAGUUCAUCUGUGUGAUUUUACUGAUUAUUACUGGAAUUACACUAUCAGGUAAAUGUUUACUGUGUUUACAUGUGUAAAAUGAGGUAAUAAUUAAUAAAACUGUGUCGGAUUAACGUUUGCUUCAAAGUAUUAGAAUAAAUGACAUUUAAAAUGUGUUUAUUCCUCUGAAGUGUGGAGUACUUGAGGUGUCUCUCUGUAGAGAGCAGGACAGACAUCAUAUCAUCUCUUAUGAUCAUGUUUGAUUCACAACACUGGACAUCACUGACACAUUUAGAAAUGCAGCAACUGUUUAAUUGUUGUGACAAAUGAAAUGUUUCAUAUAAAUCUGAUAUCAGAUGAGUACGAGGUGAUCGGGCCUUCAGCUCCUGUGAUGACUGUAUCUGGUGAAGAUGUGAUUCUGCCGUGUUCUAUCAAACCCAACAUCAGUGCUGUGAACAUGAGAGUCGAGUGGUUCAGACUUGAUCUGAAAGACUCAAUAGUUCAUCUGUAUAAAGAUCAUAAAGACAUAAACACAGAUCAGCUUCAGUCGUACAGAGGAAGAACUCAAGUGUUUACAGAAGAACUAGAGAAAGGAAACGCAUCACUCAAACUCUCAAGAGUCCAAAUCUCUGAUGAAGGACGUUACAAGUGUGUCAUUCAGUCUGAAUCCUGGAGUGAUGACGUCACUGUUGAUGUCUCUGUUGAAGCUGUAGGCAGUGUUCCAGUGAUCACUGUAGGUGGGUUUGAUGGUUCUGGUGGUCUUCAUCUACAGUGAGAAUCUAAAGGCUGGAAACCUGAACCUGAUAUUGUGUGGCUGAACAGUGAAGGAGUCACUUUAACAUCUGAAUCUCCAGACACACACAGAGAUGACACAGAUGGAUUCAGUGUGAAACACAUGAUCACUGUAUAUAACACUGACACUAAAUAUCACUGCAGAGUCAGAAUGAGACAUCACAUGAUGGAGGCUGAGAUCAUCACAUCCACUCAAAUGUUUCUCUCUUGGAGAUCUUCAGUGAUUCUGAUCUCAGUUGCUGUUGUUCUCAGUGUGAUCGCUGGAAUACUGAUCACUGUGUUUGUCUGUAAACAGAGAGGGGCACACCCUGCUCCAACCAAAGAGGAUCCCUCCAUGGGGCUAGAGCAGUUACACAGACUUGAUCCACCCAGACGCGUAGGGGUCCGAGACGCCAAGCAUGUGGCGGAACUCUCGGGCGUGGUUCAGAUGUCUGAGAUCGAGGAUGGGGCGGAGACCGCCAUCCUUUCUGGGUACGAGGAAGUAGCGGCUGUAGAAGCCCGACUCGCAGGGGGCGUGGCCUUCACCGGCUGCAGAGUCGGCGCUGGUUUGGGGCGAGCCGACGCAGGUCUGGAUCCGGGUCUCUUGGGCAGGAAGCCGAAGAGGCCGGCAGCGGAAAUCGGAGCGUCGAGGAAGGGGACCUUGUCAGCCUCCUUGAUCUCCGUGAGCAUCAGCCACAGAUGGCGCUUGAGCACCACGAGACUGGCCAUCGAUCUGCCUAUCGCCUGGGCCGUGUCCUUGGUGGCGCGUAGAGCGAGAUCCGUCACGAUCCGCAGCUCUUUGAAGGGCGCGAUGUCGGUACCGGACUCGUCCAUGCCCUGGAGGAGUUUGGCCUGGCGGCUGCGAGCGGGUUCCUCCAGAGACGACCACUCUAAGCCCAGCUCCUCCACAGCCUUAGUGAGGACCCGAAAUUGCUCGGAAUCCACACCCAGCAUGGGUACGCUGUGCUCUACGGACGGCAGGGGGAAAACCGAGCCCGACACCUCCUCCCCGUCUGAAGCCGCUAACGACAUGCUGUCAUCUUCCUCAAAUUCGCUUCCGCCAAACGAGACCAUGUCACCGGCAGAUGUCGGUGGACGCUGGACCGCCUGGGAUAAACGAACCGGCGAAAUUUCUCUCUGUGGAGAAGGCGAGACACACCGAGGGGACGUGAGCCCGCUCUUCCCUGAGCGCUUAGUUCCUCUACCUCGCUGCUUCGGAGCUUUGCCGGAUGGCGGCAGGGAAAAGGAACCAGCGCUGCUGAAGGCCAGUGAAAUCGCUGAGCAGAGAGAACUACAGAGAGAGAAACAGAAUGAAGACGAGAGAAUACAGAAUGAAGACCAGAGAAUACAGAGAGAGAACCAGAGAAUACAGAGAGAGAAACAGAGAACACAGAAUCAAGACAAGAGAAUACAGAAUGAGCGUGAGCCACUACAGAGGAUUGUAGAAAAUGUGACUUCACUGUUCAGAAAACAUGCCGUGAAUGUGACUCUGGAUGCUGAUUCAGCUCAUCCUCAUCUCACCGUGUCUCAUGGUGGGAAACAAGUGAGAUAUGAAAACAGAAAACAUAGAGUGAAGAAUGAAGAUAAAGGACAAAAUGACAAGUUUGAUUCACGUCCCUGUGUUGUUGGAAAUGAAGGAUUCUCUUCAGGGUGUUUUUAUUAUGAGGUGCAGGUGAUGGGGGCAGAUUGGUGGCGUGUGGGUGUGACCAGAGAAUCUGCUGAGAGGAAGGGCUGGUUUGAUCUGACUCCUCAGGAUGGAUACUGGACUGUGGGAUUGUAUAAUAACAAUUAUUAUGCUGGUGAGAAUCUUCGUCUUUCUCUGAGUGUGGAGCCUGAGAGGAUCGGUGUGUUUGUGGAUUAUGAGGAGGGUCGAGUCUCAUUUUAUGAUGUGAAGUCCAUGUGUCAUAUUCACUCUUUUAAUGAUCAAUCUUUCACUGAGAAACUAUAUCCUGUUUUUCAGUCGUGUUCCUCUGUUCCACUCAUCAUCUGUAGUGAUCUCAAGAGAUCUGAUAAAUAUCGGAUUAAAAUGAGGAAAUAG